AUGGCGCGCAACAACCGCGCAAUAGAGCUUCUGGGCGAGCUACGGCUACCAGAGACUGGAAAAGGGCUAGAGCCCAUGAUAUACUGUCUGACUCAGACGAGGAGGGGGAUGAGGGGUCUGACGCCCCGUACUCUGACCCGUACGAGGACGAGCUCUCAGAGGGUGAAAGCCUCCAGGGAAAGCAGUUCCCUUUGACGGCAACGCGUACCACUGCUCAUGCAGGGACGCCCGAGACAGAAGCAGCCCGUGACCCUAAAGAGGUCACGCUAUUCGACCCUGACAACCUAAGACACCCACGCUCUGCCGAGUGGGAACCAUCUGAACACAUCGCCCGAUACCUAGCCCUCAGGGUACGUAAGUCCCUUUCUCAAGAGAGCCGUAAUAAAUUGAGAGCGGAGUGCCCCCGACCCAUAAUCCCUGAUGCUGUGGCAAAAACCCCAGAAGUGGACCCUCAGAUAGCCCAGUUUCUAGCCAAAACAGGCUGGAAGGCCAAGAGGGGACUGGACUACUCCCUCCGUAAUUGUCAGGACAAAUUCCUAGACACUCUGGGUCCUGUCACUAAAUUAUACGAACUGCUGGAAGCAGCUCAGUCGGGUGAGGCUCCAGUAGACUUUGAAGUAGCGUUUGGAUGGCUCCAACGCUUGGUCUGCAUGAUCGGCAAUGCCAAUACUGCUAUGUCGACAGAACGCAGGAAGGCCAUCCUGCUGAAAAUCGAACCCAAGCUGGCUAGUAUGGCCUCCUCUGAACCAGGGGCCGCGGCUAAGGGUCUCUUGUUUGGCGAAUCCUUCGUCAAAGACCUGGGCUCCUAUGUCAAAACAUUCACGGCGCUGGAUAAAGCCCAAUCAUCCAUGAAGAGGGUAUUCCACCAAAAGGUUUUCGGUGGGGCCGGUAGAGGUAGGAGCCGUCUAUCCGGCCGCAACCCCCGGGGUUUCUCCAGACCGGGCAGAGGCUCCUCCAACACACAGAGACAGACCCAGGAACGUUCCUACACCCCGUUCUUCCCUUCUCGAGGAAGAUCUUGGAAUGCCCGUGGCGGCAGAGGAACAACCCCAGGAAAACGCCCUUAUGGUGAGUACGAUUUUUCCCCAUUUUUCCCAUAUAAAUGUGGGGGGCAGACUGGCUUUGUUUUCUCAAACGUGGGCCACUAUCACGUCCGACAGUUGGGUACUGCAGACUGUAGAGGGUUACCAACUAGAAUUGACAGGUCUUCCCUUUCAGGUUUCCCUCCCGCGUGUGCCACACAUGCCACAGUCUCACUACGACCUCAUCUCCACGGAGAUAGAAACCUUGUACAACAAAAAUGCCAUAGAGGAAAUCCCUCUAGAUACCCCAGGUUUUAUAAGCAACCUGUUCUUGGUGCCGAAGAAAGGCGGGGGUGUCCGCCCAGUUAUCAACCUGAGGCCCCUCAAUGCCUUCAUACAAUAUCGGCAUUUCAAAAUGGAGGGCAUACACUGCCUCCGAGACCUCCUUCUCCCAGGAGACUGGAUGGUGAAACUCGAUCUGCAAGAUGCAUAUCUCACGAUCCCGAUAGCACCAAAACACAGGAAUCUCCUACAGUUCCGGUGGGGCACAAAGAAAUGGCGCUUCUGUUGCCUCCCUUUCGGGCUCUCCUCCGCUCCCUGGUGCUUUACGAAAGUGCUGAAACCAGUGGUAGCAUUUCUCAGAUUACACGGGAUUCGCCUCAUUAUCUAUCUGGACGAUAUCCUCAUACUGUCUGGGACACGAUCCCUUCUGCUGUCACACCUGUCGUGGACCCUUCACCUCCUGCAGAACCUCGGUUUUCUAGUGAACUGGGAGAAAUCGGUGCUACAACCCUCUCAGCAGAUGGAAUUCCUAGGAUUCCGAGUCGAUUCAGUACAACAAAUCCUGUGCCUCCCUUCAGACAAGAUGUCCAACAUCAAGAAGGAGAUCAGGAGGAUAAUGAACCGUUCGGACAUUUCUCUAAGACAACUGGCUCGGGUAAUCGGCUUACUAGCAUCCUCUAUACAGGCGAUCUUCCCGGGACCGCUACACUAUCGGGCGCUACAACGCCUAAAGGCUUCCUGCCUAAGGAAGGGUCAGUCGUACGAAUCCAACAUCACGCUGGACGAAGAAUCCAGGGAGGAACUGGACUGGUGGCUGACCCACAUGGAAGCAUGGAAUGGACGGGCAAUCUUCGGUUCCACUCCAGAUAUGAUAAUCGAGUCGGAUGCAAGCUUACAUGGCUGGGGCGCGCGCUGCGGCUCCAUAUCCACAGGAGGCAGAUGGUCAGUAGACGAAUCAUUCCUACACAUAAACUCACUGGAACUACUGGCGGCCUCAUUUGCCAUUCGCAGCCUCACACCCAAGGGCGCCUCAUGCUCGAUCCUCCUCAAGUUAGACAACGUCUCGGCAGUCAGGUACAUAAACCAUCUUGGAGGUACCAAGUCACGCAUCCUAGCGGUUUUAGCUCGAGACUUCUGGCAUUACUGUUUACAAAACAAUGUGUCGGUAACCGCGGAACACAUACCGGGCCUGGACAAUUACACCGCGGACUGGAACUCCCGAUAUCUGAGGGAUUUGGGGGACUGGAAGCUUCAACCAAAAGUCUUCGCCAGGAUAGCUCGACUAUGGGGGCCCUUGAGUGUGGACCUCUUUGCGUCCAGACUGAACACUCAACUUCCUCAAUUCUUCAGCUGGCGACCGGACCCGGAAGCCUUGGCGACAGACGCUUUCCUUCAGGACUGGACCGGGGGACGAGCAUACGCCUUUCCCCCGUUCAACCUGAUUGCUCGGACUCUAACAUACAUUCGACGCUUCAGAACCUCGUUGGUCUUGAUAACACCGUGCUGGAGAUCCCAACCCUGGUUCCCUCACCUUCUGGAAAUGGCGAUCGACUUCCCACGGUUACUACCGGAUCAAACGUCCCUGUUAACCAACCCAGAUGGGGAGAACCACGACUUGAUAGAACGGGGAAUCCUCCGACUCAUGGCAUGGCUCCUUUCCGGGGACCCUGGGAAAUCACGGAAGUUUCGGGAACAACUACCCAACUCUUGGCGAACGCCUGGGUACCGGGAACAAGGCGCGCAUAUGCUACGGCAUGGAGAACUUGGUCCGAUUGGUGCCUGGAAAGAUCAGUGGAUCCCAUAUCAGCUUCUGUAAAGACGGUACUGGACUUCCUCACUCAAUUGUUCGAAUCGGGCAAGGCAUUCCGUACAGUCAACAUAUACAGGUCUGCUAUCUCAGCAGGUCAUGAUACUGUGGACGGGACUCCCCUCGGUCAGAACCCCCUGAUAUGUCGCUUACUCAAAGGUAUACGUUUUUCACGGCCACCAAAACCCAGGUACGGAUCCUUUUGGGAUGUCAACAUAGUGUUCAAAUUCCUGGAGGAAUGGCCCGACAACGCGACACUGUCAAUCAAACAGCUGUCCGCUAAACUACUCAUGAUUUUAUGUUUAUUAUCCUGUAAACGUGUGUCAGAUGUAAGGGCUUUGGACUGGCUAGCCCGCUCAUUCACUCCAGAAGGGGUGUCUUUCGAUAUUUCAAGAAGAACUAAAUCAGCGACUAAACAAGUUUUCUAUCCACACCUCCCGCACCAACCGAAGCGGUGCCCAAUUCUAUGCUUAAAAGAAUACGAAACCCGUACUUCUUCCCUAAGACCGUCAAACUACGGCCCUUUGUUCAUUUCACUAAAGAAACCGCACCUACCAGUAUCCACACCUACUCUCGCCCGUUGGGCCAAAUGGUUAUUGGCCUCGGCCGGGAUAGACGUUACAAUUUUUUCGGCCCAUUCGGUCAGAGGCGCUAUGGCUUCUAAAGCAUCGACAGUAGGGUGCCGGUUAGAAGACAUCCUGAAGGCCGCAGACUGGUCUACGGAAUCCACAUUCCGGAAUUUCUAUUUUAAACCAAUCCAACAUUUCUCGGACAGAGUCAUUGCUCAGCUUUGAAAGAGCAUAAUAGGAGCCUCCGUGUCUUUAAUAAAAUUCCUAGAUUUUACUAUUAACAUGACGUAAAGUCAUGAUUUUAUUAAAGACACGGAGGCGAGUAUUAUUCCCUCCCACCCUCCCUGGGUGGAGGGAUUGGUUUUUUCUCACGGAUACCAACCACAGAUCAGUUGGAUUCCUACAAUGUAGAUACCUGUAGGUGCGCUCAUACGUCUCUCAGGUAGGUGACUUUGUGAUAUAGUAGACAUAAUCUUAUAUUACCUUUUGAUAUGUCGACAUGACUACUACGUUAUACGACUUAGUUUUUACCUACAUGAGGUUACAUGAUGCAACCAGUUGCCGACCAUAUAUUACCAUAUUUUCUCCUCUCUUUUAGCCUGAAUCAUACUGUCAAAGUGGUGGUUUUCCGUUACAAAGCGUUACAGUCUAACCUCAAGGAUUGGACAUUACCUUUCGCCCACUGUUCCUGUUCGGGCCAAGUUACAGUUCGGUUAUGGAUCUGCUCUUCGGAUCACGGAAGAAAGAGGAAGAAGCAUGGAGUGCUACACCUUAUAUACUAAGGGGGUGGAUACCUAUGAGCACUGUUCCAUAUGCUAAUGUUUUUGUUAUUUUUUCUCUCAUUUGCAUAUAUCUCUCUUCGCUGCUGAGGGAGAAUUAAAGAAAGAGAAGCAUAAUACUCGCCUCCGUGUCUUUAAUAAAAUCAUGACUUUACGUCAUGUUAAUAGUAAAAUCUAGGAAUUAUGAUGUUAAGUACUACAUUUGGUGGUUUUCAAUAAAGUCAAACAUUUGGAUAUGGCACACAGAGCACCAGGUACAGUUAUCGCAUCUUACUUCUCAAUGUAAGGAACAGCUCCCCUGCUCUCGCAACACUAGACCCCAGGAACAGCCCUGAGAAAGGUAAGAAGAGGAAAGAAGACUCACAGUUACAAAGUGUGAAUGUGUAUGUAUUUGCAUUAGUGUGUGUAAUCGUGUGUCUGAGUGAGAGAAUGUUUGGGUGCUGUAUGUGUUUUUGUGUAAGCAUCUGUGUAUGUAAGCAUUUGGAUUUGUGCAUGCACUUGUGUGUCUGAUUGUCUGCAAUUCUGUGUGUGUCCAAGUGCAAGUCUUUCCCAUGUGAGCAUAUCACUGUGUGUUUUUCAUGGUCCUAUUGUGAUCGACUAAACUUGAUUGUUUUAAGGAACACUCCAAGAAUCAUAAUCACUACAGUGUGCUUUUGUGGUUAUGGUGCCAGAAGUGCCUUGGUGCCCAACCAUUGUUUGCUAACAGUUUUACUUGUUACCUCGGGGCCUGUUAUGUCACGAUUCGGGGAACCCAACACGCUGGCACACACACACACACACAAAAGGUGCCGUACCGGACCUUAGAGUGGCCGGGCUAAGCACACACAGAAUAGUCAGGAGACAAGCCGAGUAAGGGGAACCAGAAGACAGAAUAACGAUAAACAAGCCGAGGUCAAAGGGUAGGAGAAAGUCACAGAGUCAGAUAAACAAGCCAGAGAGUACGUAACCAGAAGCACAAGGUAAGUAGCAAUACUAGAAAGCAAAGACCACAACAGGGCAGGGAGGAACAGGAAAGGUAAGUAUUUAAACCAUAAGGUUAAUUCUGAUUGGAUAAUUUCCAAUCAGAAUUAACAAUCACACGUGGGAGAUAUCUAGACCUCCCACUGUGAUUAAGGCACUGUGCCUUUAAUGCCGGGUCAGGUGACUGACCCCGGCGUGUAUAAACCUGGGCGGUCUCCCAGCGUGCAGCGUCAUGUAUGCUGCCGCUGGGGGACGUGGAGGGAACGGCGGACGGCAUCCGAGGCUGGAAGGAUGCCGCUCGCCGGACCCACGAGGAGGAGGGGACCGCGGACGGCUGGAGGGUGAGUACCGCGAGCGGAGUGCAGCCUCCCCUCGCAGCCGGCCGCGGGAUCCCGACAUGUUGUGCUUGCUCCCUGCCUUUUUGAGAGCCAUAAGCUCUCUGCGUGUUCUAAGUCCAGCAGUGCAGAUCUCGGCUCCUUCAAUGAGAGUGAUCAGCUGAUGCUCUCAGCCAGUGAGCUGGCCAUGUACUCCAGACCUUAGCUCAGUACAGCUAACAGAAGCUCUAGCAAGAGAGGAGGAAGGGAAAAGGUAAGGAGUCAAACUAUUAGGAAAUGGUUAUGGGCUAUGCGCUGCAGUAGUUUUGGUGCUUGGAGCUUCAGCUUGAGGUAUAGGGAACUUUUUAACUGAUAUGGUAAUGGUAAAAGUAAUGUAAAAAAAUAUUGGGACUCUGAGAUAGUGAUCACUUUGACAUCUUUAACUGUUCAUCAGCAGCCCUUAAUGUGUUGAUAAAUAUUGGAUGCCGGAUUGUAAUUUUACUAAUAGUUAACAACUGCACAUAGAAAGGCAGGAUGCGUAGCCAUCAAACCUUAAGGAGUUAAAAACCACUAAUGAAUAGUUAACCACAAAAUCUGGAAGCUGGUAUGGACUGAAGCCUCAGACCUUCAAAGGAGGUGGAAAGGUAGAGAGAUUGGGCUCUGGCUUCAAAACUUUGGGGUUCAACUGUUUGCUAAUGGUUUACCUCCUAAAGGUACAAUGGCACCACCUCAAGGUAAUAUUGUGCCUAACUUGGAUUUUUAAUGUUUGGUCUGAAUUACGAACCAGAGUCUGAACCCAAACAAAACAAAUAUUGUAAAUAAAACAAUCAUUCUGAUUAAUGUUUUUGUUGUUCUGUAAAUUUUCAAUGCUCCAGCCAUUAUAUUCAUUUUGCUGAUGCUAAAAGAAUACUGGAGAGUUCCAAUUGCCAUCGUAUGAUGAAUUAACGAACUAUAGAUAAAAAGCUGAUGAAUGGGUCCAGAAUAUUUUCAAAUUUCUGCUGAUUGAACUUUGUGUAUCUCUAAGAAAAUAACGAAAACAGAAAACGCAUUUAUUUCCUGGGCACUGUUUGAAGUUCAGCAUGCACAAGGCAUUGUUUCAGUUGAUAUUUUAUAUGGUCCAUGACACAUUUUUUAAGUAUGCAGUUGCAUUUACAAGAACACAGUACUUUAAAAUGAAUUAAUCAACAAAAUUAUACAUAAUCAGUUUUACACUUCAAAACAACUUGGAUCGCUGCGGUAUAAUUUUCCAGUUUUUGUGUGUAUAGAUUUGUAUAUAAUUUGAUAUUUUGACUGUUCUGUUUAUCAUUUUGACUAAGUUUGCAUUUAUUCUUUCAUCACUACAUCAGAAUAGCUAUUCGUUAAACAUAUUUUUUUCCUGUGUUGCAAAAUUAUAAUAAUAAUUACAGAACCAGAUGGACAAUAAUUCUGAAUGGCUGAAAUCAAGACUGUCAUUUCAUAGGAAUUUACAAGUUUAACCCAUGAUUUCACAUACUUUUUCUUGGGAUGGCAGAAAACGUAUUUGCCUUGAGAGCAGUUCUUCUGGGCUCCUGGUUGGGACCCAGAUUUGGAGUGGUUCCUCAAUGGCAGUAAUCAUACAGUCCCCGAUAACUGCCUAAAGUAUUUCUUCAUUGUAAUAGGACUGUUUUUCUCUCUAUACUGAAGACCCCUCUGAUACUGGGAAGAAUACCUCCCUAGUGUCCCUAUUUAGGAAGGAUAGUCCCUAUUUUGGGGCUAAAUCCCUCUUUAUUAAGAUGUGGUUAGAAAUUAGUCUAUGUGGAUAAGAUACAUUGUUCUUGUUAUACAUGAAAUUUUAGUUACAUAAAUUUUUAGUAAGUCACCUGAUAUUUAUCAGUCUGGCCCCUUUCCUGCCACAACACCCUCCUACACCCCAAAACUUUAAGUGUCCCUAUAUUUCCUUUUGAAAUGUCGGGUGGUAUGGAGUAGGGGCUUUGAGGAUUUUUGUUUGUUGGAUAAUAUAUGAUAUUUGCAGACAGAAUCCAUAAGCUAAGGACGAGUUUGCAAUUUGGUCCCUUUUAAAAAAAUUAAUUUAAAAAAAAGGUAAAAAUUACUGAUUUACUGGGAAUCAUGUUGUUUUUUUCUUGAAUAAACUCCUGUCUUUUAAAAUUAAGCAAUGCAGUGCCCACUGAAAGAAAACACAUUAAUAAAAGAAAUGAUAUUGCUUGUUUCAGUCUCAGGAAAACUCGAGUGCUUUGUUGACGGCUGCAUACAUUCUAUUUUCAGUGGCCGAGUAAUGUGAAGAGUCAUUCAACAUUACUGCCAUCACAAACAGUGAAACGGAACCUUCUAUAUUCAUUGUUGAAAAUGUCAUAUUCAGAAAUAACUUUCUUUUUUUAAUAUGCAUUAAUGUUUUUUAAUUGUUAUAGAUAUUUUGUAGCAAAUUUUUAUUAAAAGAGGGACGCAAAGAGUCAGUCAUUUUCCCUAUCCAGUGUGCUUUACAAAAUAUAGAAGUUGCUUAUAGGCUGUAUUACGGACAGACAGACAUAUAAUUAAGCAUACUGCAAUAAAAAGUAGUACACAGGGACACUGACGCAUCAAAACAACUUUAACUUUAUGAAGCGAUUUUGGUGUACAGAUCAUGCCCCUGCAGUCUCACUGCUCAAUUCUCUGCCAUUUUUGUUUCUGCUUAUGUAAUCCUAGCCAUUCCUCCCCUGGCUGUGACACACUGCCUGCAUGAAAAAGAUGGUUUUAUUUCCAGUCAGAUCAAAGCUUAUUUUAGAAGUUUUUAUCUUCUGCUUUGUAAAUUGAACUUUAAUCACGCACAAGAGGCUUGCUCCUGCAGGAACUAGAAGUCAAUUAACAGAGCAGGAGACAGGAAAUUCUAAAGUAAACAGAUUGUGCAAUAAUGGAAGUAGUGGCACUGUGAGGUACAGCACCAGACUGAGAAUAAACCGAAUCAUGACAACAUUACUUGCAGGGAGGUGUGGCUAGUGCUGCAUAAACAAAGUGAUUUAACUCCUAAAUGGCAGAUGAUUGGGCAGUGAGACUGCAGGGUCAUGAUACAUACACCAAAACUGCUUCAUUAAACUAACAUUGUUUUAGUGCCUAAAGUGUCCCUUUAAUCUCACAUUUUGUAGCACUUUUGUGCAAAGCUCUAUAUAAGGUGGCCCAUGGAUUUACAAUCUUAAUCUUAACAGCAGAUUUAAAAAAAAAAACAACAUAUCCAGCUUUAAUAACUUACAUAUUAAUUUCAUCUCUGGAAUUUUGUCCAAAAUUAUGAAUUCAAAUAUCAGCUUUACUCUCUGCUUUUUAAAAAGAUUUAUUACUAACCAAAAAAAAAAUAAUUCUCUUAGAGUUAACAGUGAAUUAAAAAAAACAUAUAAAAAGAGAAAUAAAAAUGUAAAAAAAAGUUGAGCACGUAACCAGAUUCCUCCAGGGGCAUUAAACUGUUACAAAAAAGGAGUAAUUGGGGUAAAGUUUAAAUCAGGGGGUUUAAGAGAGAAAAUAGGAGAAGAAAGGCAUCCCUUAAUCUAUUCUCACAGGGUCAAAAGGUUCAAAAAUAUCAAUUGCUUCACAUUUAGCUGCCAUUAGUUGCUACAUCCUAAUGCCAUGACAUAUUAAAUGACAGCUAUCACUAAUUAAAAAAAAAUAAAAAAAUUAUUAUAAUAUUUUUUAAAAUGUCACUUUAAAAAAAAAAAAAAUCUAGCUAAGCAGUCAUGUUGGGUCAGACUCUCCUGUAAUCUGUCCAGCUGGUGAUCAUCCUUUCUUACCUCAUUCUGUGUUUGCUCUCUGUGUGAAACGGAAGCAACAGGCAGAACCUUAUGUCUACAUUAUUUUAUUAUUUUAUUGGAAAUGUUAAAAUAAAGAUUGUAACUCAUCUUUAUGCCUGCUUUGUCUACGAUUAGCAAAAAAGGUAAGAAAUCAAGAAGGCAGCCUUUUUUUCCAGUUGUUAAAUUGCUCAUUUGGUUAACUGUAGAGCCUGCUCAAAAUUUCUGGGCAUGUGUUUAUUUUUUGAGAGAGUUUAGGGGUAUGUCAUGCAACUUUGUGCUCUCCAUAAAUUAAAUAUUUUCCUUAUUCUGGCUAUACAUUGUGCUAGUUAAAUCGCUAACAAAUGUAUAGUUUUCACAAUAAUUCUGCGACAAAUAUCGCUCACCCUCCCUCCUCUCAGACAGACUAUUGGCAUAUGUCGAUGUCUGUUUGCUAGGGAAGACCCUUAUAGGUUUUACUCUUGACAUGUUUCAAUGCAUUACGCACACAUCAUCUUUUUCACUCUCUGUUCCUGUGAAUACCUGGCAACUAAGCCUUCCCAAACAUAGGGGUCCCACAAAGGAAGCUUGCCUCCAAGGGAUACGGGCAAAUGGCGGCACUGGAUGCGUUAGAAAGUAGGUGAUUACGCUGAAAACGCGAAGAAGCUCCAUCCAAAGUGAAUGAAUAAACACUAUUCUCGGACACUUAGACAGUAAAAGUGAAAGAUCUGCAGAGAACAUAAGUUUUUAUAAAAUGUUCACUUUGACUCAAACUUUCAUUCCUCUGAAAUUCAUAAUAUAAGUAUGUUACGAUAUUUAAUUGUAACAUCUGUUUAUCCACUGCUUUGGAAAUUCAAACAAUUUGCAUUAAGUGCCCUUAGAAGAAAAACCACUGUGUAAAAUAUUGAUUAUUACUAUAUUUAUCCAUAAAAAUUAUGUGUUGUUGAACGCAGUUCUGUCAACAAAUGUUUAGAAAAAAAAUGAAAAUGGUCACACAGCGCCAAUAUUUAAAUGACACGUCCAUACGCUUUCUCAGUAGUAAACAACUUGUGAUGAAAAUUCACAAGAUUAACCCCUUAAGGACACAACUUCUGGAAUAAAAGGGAAUCAUGACGGAAUAUUUCCGUCAUGUGUUCUUAAGGGGUUAAAUAGAAUCCCAUUUGAAAUGCACAUCAGUUUAUUUUGCGGAUGGAGAUUCUUGAAGAUUAUAGUAUGGACUAUAAAUCGAAUAUUGUGUAUUUCAUAUGAAUAGAACUACAUUACACUGGUAUUUUGUGAAUAUAGAUCAGCUUAAGAAUACAUCUUAAUAUAGAUAACCCAGUCACUAUUUUAUUUAAUUCAUUAGUGUUGCAAACUGCUAUUUGUAACUGGCCCUUUAAAUGGCAAAUUGCCCUGCUUCCCUGGGUUGUGGAGAAGCCUAUUUGCCAGCCUCCUUCCACAUGACUAUGGCCCCUGGGAGAUUGUGAGAACUUAUUCAUUUUUAUUGGGUGUGUAUGGCCCUUUAAGACAGUCAGUGGGCAUAUUGUGGCUUAUGGACUCUUUAUGGGACUGGUGCUGGCCCUUUAAACACCUUUUUGGGACAUCAGGAAGAUUGGGACACUGCCCCUUUAAGACGGUGUCCCCAGACUUGUUUGGGACACUGCCCCUUUAAGACGGUGUCCCCUGUGUCCCCAGACCUGGUUAAAACUCUUUGUGCCUGGCUAUUUCCCACUUGGUUCAGUAAAUGGGGCUUACUGAACCAAGUACCACACAGGCAGACCACCCAGAAGUGGAAGUGUGCAGGCAAUUUACCUCCCAGAAGCUGUGGUUAACCGCAGCUUAAUUGACAAUGCUGGGUGGCCUUUGUUCGUUUGCCGAACACGUGGCGGCGGCCAUCUUUGUUAAUGCGAACGAGGUCAGCGGUAUGUGUAGCCAAAUUCAUGGAACUAAAAUCGGCUACACAUUUCCACGAACACCGCUGAGCCCUACCUUCUCCCACAAUGAUUUUACAGCUGCAGAGACUAAGUCCCAUUCGGCGAUGGGAGUCGUUUUUUCAGCCUGAUUUCAGCUGCAGAGACUAAGUCCCAAUCGGCGAUGGGACUUAGUAGUUUUUUCAGCCUGAAAUAGACCGGCCGCACAGCCCAAAUCUAUGGAACUGUUUUGGGCAGGAAAAUGUGCUUGCGGUCGGUCAUAAAGGGACCUCCAGCUAACUUUUUAACCCCUGGAUGGAUUUGUCUGAUUUUUGGUUAUGUUUAUAUUUAAUGUGUGCUGAUUCCAAAUAUGUAAAAUGAAGAUUGGAUGUGUAGUUUUAAAGUUAUAGUACAUGUAUAAAAACUGUAUUUUUCCUGCUUGUGUUAAUUAUGUUAAGCAUUGUGUGCCAUAAUUAGAUCACAUGCAGAGGGGAGGAGUUUUGUAUGUAAUUGCUGAGAGUGUUUUCUGUAAUGUACGUUUAUGAUUGGUUGUUCUGUAAACCCCUGUGGGCGGUCCUGUAUGUGUUAAACCUGCAUAAAAGAAGGCCCUUUGGUGCCAAGUAAACAGAUCUUCUUGACCCUCAAUACGUAGCCUUGUCUCGUUAUUGGAGGGAACUGCUAUAUCACACUGGGGAUUGCUAUGCUCUGCAUACUCCCCUGAGCUUUUAAUCACUUAGCUCUUUUAAGAGCUGUUCCUGUUACGCUCUCCUGGAGGAGAGGUCUUCCCCACACGGUCCUGGAGGACAGAAGCUGAUCCAGGGUGGAAGGAAGACGGCGAGACUCCAGUUAAGCUACGGCGGUUGUGGAGUCUGCGGUGGUUGUGGUGUCUGCUGCAGUGUUUGGAGUCCUCAGGAAGCGCUAGGAGCAUCCAUCAACGGAGGGUACUCGGUCGGAGUACAGGGAGCUCCGUUACAAUUAGUAAUUAAUGACAUUUUAAAAAUGUGACAGUAACGGAAAUAAUGCAAUUUUGUGCAUAAGCCCCAAAAAUACACUUUAUUUAAAUUUAUAAAUUAGCUUUUUUUUUCAUUCAUUCAUUCAUUCAUUCAUGUGAAAGACAAAAUAAUUCUGGUGGUGAUUUACUAGAUGGUGUUAAAAACUGUAAAAUGAGUUUUGUUUGUAAGUCACAAAAACUCUGUGCCAUUUGUGAGAAGGAGCCAGUGUCUGACUGCUCCACCAUGAUUCCACCAUUUCUGCGCAUGAAUUUCCUAAUGUAAGUGCUGAUGUAAGUUCCCACACAAAAAGGGAAACAUCAUUGCUAUUUGUUGCUAAAACGCAGAAAAGUAAUAAUAAAAACACAAAAUAUUGCAUUCACUUAUGCAGCAAAAAGCCCCACACUGCUGCUCAUGCAUUGGAAACAUGCAGGAUAAAUAGAACAAACAAGAGGCUGCGCAAAAAGUUGCUGUGUGCACACCAAGGUGCUACUGGUAUUUAUUUGAAGGACAGAAUAUCACAAACUUUUCGGGUAUUCCCUCUCUCAAUGCACCAUGUCCCUUGUCAUGUCAGGGACAUGGUUCAUUGAGAAAGGGAAUACCCGAAACAAUAGGAAAGGAAAAACUGCCCGAUGAAUGGCACCUAGUCUACCCAUCGUCCCUAGCCAGUGGUAUCGAGAUUAAUAAUAAAGAUGAGUGUCAAGUCACUAGUCAAAUGAUAACUUGCCUGAGGGAUUCCCAGUCCACCAAGUAGCUCUAGGGCUAGUGGAAGACCAAUACCUCUUUCAAUGUUUAACCCCUUAAGGACACAUGACAUGUGUGACAUAUCAUGAUUCCCUUUUAUUCCAGAUGUUUGGUCCUUAAGGGGUUAAAACACUAAUCUCCAUCUAUACCCAGUAUAGUACAUAGCAUAGGUCAUAGGGAUGCCCAAGCUCUGAAUCCAAAUUGUUAAUUCAUGCUUUCUGCAUAGGUCCAAAAUCUUAUAAAAACCAAAACCUCCUCUAUGUCCGCUACCAUGAACACCUGGACAAUGACUACGACUGCCUGAAACCAGACUGCGGAGAUAUUAUAUUAUUGAGAUAUCAUACUCUCAUGUACGGCAGGUCUUAUAUAAUGUGA